UUUUAUGUCACUGUCUUUUGUCAUGAGUUACUUUAACUCAAGGGGAAAUUUUCUAUUUUACACAUAGAUAGAGAUUUAGGAUGGAUCAUAACAAAACUGAAUCUUUUUUCGCUAUUGUAAAUACAAGGCAAUUUCAGGAAGGUGUCUGCUGUUCUCCACACAGUAAUUGCUUUAGAGGACAGAGAUCAGAACAAUCUGUGCUGCCUAUUGGCUCCAAAAUCCACCAUUGGAAGUUGGAAAGUUGAACUGCUCAUUUUCUGGCUCCUAUAAAUAUCUGUUCUAUUUGGCUUCCAGAUCACCAGGAACAUCUGUACCAGAUCAUUAGAGGAGGAAAGAGGAUUUUGCAUCCUCAAUUUUUAUUGCUGCCAUAAAUACUUUGGUAGUCAUCGCACAGGGAAUCAGACUCUGCAGAGCCUGCAAUCUGCAUGUUAGACACGAUCCAGUGCAUUGCAGGCAUGGGCAGGAGAAAGGGAGGAGCGGGCAAAAUGGGAAUAAAAGGUUAAGUGGAAAGAGUUGGGGAUACAUCACAGUAUGGUUGACCACCAGCAAUUUGCAGGCAUAAUUAGGGGGAAAGGUUUGAUGAUAAAAAGGAGCCAUACUAAUUUCUGUGGGGACGUUUCUCCAGGUGUAGGGCAGGAACAGAAAGGGAUGAAAGCAUAGUACCAUCCCAGAGGGAUCCAGAUCAGUUUAAUCUGGUGGACACACCUUUGCAGAGGGAGGAUGAUAUGGGUAUCUGCCAGGCAAGCAAAAAAUAAGGGAAGAGUUGUCCUAGACUUCCAGAAUCCCCAUGAGGCUAACAGAUGUUGAUGUGGUAAUUCAGAGCAUCUGAUUUAAAAAGAGAAUACAUUAUUUUCUUUCAGCAGCACCAUUACAAUUACAAGAACAUCCUCUUUCCUACAGUGUGAACCCCAGACAUUUGCAGGUGGUCCUGGACAACAUUUGUGCACCAUUUAAUGUCUCUCUUCAGCUUCUGAAGAAGCAUCAGUUAUGACUGGCUUAUUUGAUCAGCUGAGUGCACAUAGUGGAGGAAUAUCAGAAACUAGAGGGGAAAACAUAAAAAGGAAAAACAAUCCUUAUAAUCCUUUCUCCAAUGGCAGUGGAUGUUCAGUGGCAAGUUCUAUUAAGUGCUCUCCCUUCAAUAGGAACAGCUGGUCAGAAUUAAUUUCUCAGCUCAGUGCUGUUGGUGGGUUUGUGUGGGAGUGAAAUGGAAGAGGAAAGUUCUCAGAAGCACUGAAACAUUCAAGUAUCACCAAGAGACAGGUACGUGGAGAUUCUGUAUUCCCUUGAUUAACUGGGAAAAAAAGAGACAGCAGUCAUCAGCAGUGUGCUCUCAUUACAUGAGUACUGCACUAAUUAUAGCAGGAAUUCAAUCUGUGCUCUACCCAUGGCUCCAGCAUAUUGGAGAUGCCAUGAGGUCUGGGUUUGGAGAUCCACAGGCUGCAUCGAUUGGAUAAUCAAGUUUGUUCAGUGUUCUUUGUAGAGCUGUAGGACUAGAACAAUAUUCCUGGCAUCCCUUGGAUGUCUAAAUGAAGGCUCAUUACCUUCUCUUUCUUUUGGCUUCUCACUCCUUUAACGCCAACAUCUUGGCAUAAAAACCUUGUUGCUACCAUGAUGCCUAAGGUUUGGUUUUUGGUUUGUUUGGUUUUUUGUUUUUAUUUUUGGAAGAAGUUGUUAUAAGCCAAUUGAUCAAUACAUAAUCUUAAGCUCAUUUCUGGGAGGUUUUGGAUGAUGCAUUAAAUUCUGGGAUCAGCAUUAAGUCCCCUUUCCUUGCCAGUCACAGUACAAUUUUGAAAUAACGCUGAUUCAAGACAUGCUGAAAAGACAGCAGAUUUUGAGAUGAAAGCCAAAAGUUUCUGAGUUCUCUAGGCCUAGGAGUUACUUGGGAAUGUAUUUUUGGAGACAGGGCUGUUUCAGGCUCCCACAACCAAGACUGAUGCUUGGCCAUAAAAGCACAUCAUGAGAGAAGGUUCUUAUCUCAAAUAAAUGAUCAAGUAAGUAGGCAAGGCUGACAAAAGGUGGGUCUAGAAGCAAAGAGGACUCAAUUCAGAUGCCUGUACAUAGGCAGGUGUCCAGUGCCACUGGAGAUGCCUUAAGAUAGGUCUGAUGGUAAUUUACACAAGAGUUGAUGCAGUCUCCCAGUCCUAUGCGCAGAGACAGUCUGCUCAGUAGCUCUGCCAAAAAUCCCUUCCUGUAAUCUCUUCUAAACCUUUCAAGGUCUGUGCAGUUGGUUGCAUGGAGCAUAAGCAAGGCAAUCAAGAAACAGAAUCCCUGUGCCAGAAGCAUCUUCAGCUGCUUCACUGGGCCUCUUAAAGGCUUCUUUUAGCUGUAAGUUUGGAUUUUUUUCAUGAACAAGAGCUUUGUGGAUUAGACCCAGAUGUACUGGAAAGUUUGGUGAGGUCUUCACAGUGUUUUAGUGUUGGCUGAUUGUCCCCUGAAACCACUGUAUUUCCCCAGAAGCAUAUAUAAACUGGUAAUUGCAUAUUAGCAAAACUAACUCAGCCAUUCAAUUAUUAUUCUGUAUAAAUUCUAUAUCUGUGAAAACAUCUAUUAUUGUUUUCCCCAUUGUUGAGAGAGUACUCAUAAAGCCAGCUGUCAUUUAUUUCUGUUGCAAGCAAUUGAGAGCUGAGGUAGUUGUUAAAAAGCACGAAUUAGAGGAGAUGACAUGAACCUCUCUUGGCAGCAUAUUCACAAAGAUAUCAUUUCAGGAGUUCAGAGCUUGCUCUGGAGCACAUUUGCCAAGGAGCAAGGUAGUGCUUCAUCUGCUGGAAGUGGGGACAAUACAAUCCUUGAACUUCUCCUGACUCAAAAAUGUGUUAUCCAUAAGCAGUUUGUUUAGCAAGAGUCCAGAUGUAGAUAUGAGCUGAGGAAGAGAUCUGUGGGUUUGUCACCUUCCUUCCUGUUCUGUGGCAUCCUCAGCUCUGAUAUUUACCUCUCAUUGAAGCCAGUUCCAUACGUAAGUUACGAGCAUUUUUUAUUAUCUGCAUAUAAUAAACUACAUCUGAAUAUCUGCAUGCAUCAAACACUUGAGCAGCUUGAUCCACUUUUGCAUAGGAAGCGAAUUUGAUGCCAUUCAGGAGUUCCAAGGGCCAGGUAUGCGCAUUUUUUGCCCCAUCCCUGGAAGUGUCCAAGGCCAGGCUGGAUGAGGCUCUGAGGAAGCUGGGCCAGUGGAGGGUGUCCCUGCCCAUGGUAGGGGGUGGAACUGGAUGAUCUUUAAGGUCUCUUCCAACCCAAAUGGUUUUGUGGUUCUGUAAUCUGCCAAGUCUCUGCUGUGGGGUCCAGAGCAGCACCAUGACAUAGCCUCUGUAUCCAGAUGAGAGUGGCCCCCUGUUCCUUGCCUUUCUCAAGCAUUAGAACAGGUCUCCUUUGGUAAUCUGUCCUUUUAGUACAGUUCUGGUUGGAAGCAACACCAGUCACAGGACCAAAGAGCAAAAGCUGCACAGUCCAGAAGCCCUCAGGAUUGUUUUCCUGCUGAUACUUGCUAUUGAUAAUGAUUUUGUGGCAAUCACUUCUAAACUAUGCUGGAGAUAGCCAGGUUUUUCACUGGUUAAUAUAUUUUUCCAUCUCAAUGGAGUUGUCUGAGCUCUCACACAUUCUACAUAACUGAGUUCCUUAUUACUGUGCCUGUCAUUCAUGUCCCUGCAAUCCCCUUUUUUCUUGCCAAAUCACUGAAUGAAAAACCCAAUUCACUUUGGCACUAAGAGCUCCCCUCAUACUAUUUCAGUGAAGGAGCAAUGUUGGGGGUUAUUUUUCUACUGAGUUCUUGCUGAAAGUAAAAGUUCUGAGGCUUUUGUGUGCAGUCCCUGCAGAGCUGCCCUUCACAGUUGUGCUAAAAUUCAUCAAAGGACACCCAUUCCUGGAGUGUAAAAGUACCACAUUGCUGAGGACAUCUCUCCAUCUGCCAGCCGUGCUAGUGAACAUCUGCAACAGCACCACUGGGAAUACUUCAGGAAGAGGGAAGGUUUUAAAAAAAUAAAACAUGUUUCAUGAUAUUAAAAACAAAAAUCCAGUUUAUGUGAGCAAUAAAAUAGUUUGCCCCAAAUGAAAUUUGUGAAAAUUCACUGCAGGUGAUUAUUUUUUCACCAGGGUAAAAAACAUUUGAUGGAAAAGUUUUGUGUCUGUAAUUCUGAGUCUUAUACAUCAGUAUAAAUAACUCAACAAACAUUACUUAAACUACCUGAUGGAUAUAAUAAAAUAUAGCCCCAUCUACAUGUGACAGAUAGAAAGCACUGAUCUGAUUUAUCACUUCCAUUGAUUCACACAGAUAAAUCACUGAACUCUUUUUAGGACUGGGGCACCAAAAAUACAGAAAUGAAACCUGCUGGUUCAUGAGCAAUUAGAAAACUUCAAGGAAAGGUCUUAAUAGAAAGCUCUGCAAGAAAGAAAAAAAAAAAACACCAAAAAAAAGUGUGUAAAGUUCACUAUGAUUAUAAAGUUCACUAUAAUUGUAAAGUCCACAAUAAUUGUCUCCCUGACCCUGGGUCAGCAAAAACCCAGUAUGCUACCAAAGGUCAGUCAAACCCUCUUCUAGACUGGAUUGCCCUUCUAAUGCCCUGACCCCCCCAAAUUCAAAAUCUUCAUCCUAAAUCACCUUUCCCAAAAACAUUUGUUUAAAUACUUCCAUGGUUUCCAUAAAUUACAGAAAUGCAGUAGCUGUCCAACAGCAUCAGCACGUGAUAUCUUUCAAUGAAAAACUCCCAACACAUGAUCUGCCUAAUUCCUAAAGCUGCUUUGAAAGGCUAAUCUUUGGUGUUUUGCCCUUCAAAAAGGUUUGUUAUGGAUCUGGUGACAGACACAACACAGUGGUAUGAGAAAUGGUACUACCCUCUAGUUUAUUUGGAGUUUGCUAAUGAUCUGUGCCCACUGGAAAAAAAAGAGGAUGUAUCCACACCCCAGGUGGCCCCAGGUGAUGAAGCUGAACCCCAUCACUUGACUUAGGGCUGUUUCUUGGAGAGUGGGGGCCCAGGGUCCUAGUUCUGCAUUGGUCCCCCCACGUGGGACUGAAUCACUGCAGCUCUCUGCAUUUUCCCUCGAUGCACUUGCUGGAGAUCACUUGGUGUCUCUGUCACACCUCUCCAAAUAUUCUCCUGUCAUUAAAAACAGUGACUCCCCCAGGGACACAGGCUGGAUGUGAGGGGAUGACUCCAGCUGAGUUUUCCCUGCCUUGAGUGACUGAGACUGAGUGAGAGUUGAGUGAGUGAGUGAGUGAGUGAGUGAGUGAGUGAGUGAGUGAGUGAGUGAGUGAGUGAGUGAGUGAGUGAGUGAGAGAGUGAGAUUCUCAUUGUUCUCUAUCCCCUCAUUUAGUGGUCUGGACUUAUUUUGAGCACUCAAAAGUCUUGCUGUCAGCCCCUUGUGCUGGUCUGAAGGAGUGCUCUAAACAGACUGCUUUCCAGCUGUGAUCCUUCGUCUUUUACUGUCUGCAAAGCUGUCAUGGCAUGUCCUGCAGAAACCUGCAGAAGAAAUGCUGGCCCGGGUCCCACUUGGCCAGGCUGGGCUCUUGGGCAUGGCACUAAAGGUCAGUGGUUCACUCCUGUGGAAUCCCAGGAAUCUUCUUCAUUUGUUUCCUCCUUCUUUCCAGUCCCCUAAUCAGAUAAACCGUGUGGGGAGAGGCAAGAGAGUGGGGGGAGGAGUAUGUGAUGUAACCUCUUAUUCUGGCUAAGUUGCGCGAUAACCCCACGGUGCCUGUGGCUCACAGUGGGGUUUAAGAGGCACCUCUAGAGGACUGAAGAAGAUGGCCUGAAGAUUCACCACGGCUGUGGGAGACCUCGCAGGGGAUGCACUCACCUCCUUUGUGGAGAGGAAGGCUGCAGCUCCUUGUCUUGCCGGCUCCACCUGCACCACGAGUGGCUGGGGACAGCCCUGGAGAAAGGGAUGCUUGGAGCCACUUGCGCUGCUGCGAGCUUGGGAUGGCUUCAACUUGGCAGAAAACUCAGGAAUUCUACAACUGGAUUCUUGAAAGUGGAGAUCCAAGGACAGACCCGUGGCCACUGGUUUACUCCCCACUUCCAGUCACCCUGAUCUUCACCUCCUACCUCUUCAUGGUGGCACUGGGACCGUCCUGCAUGCGGCAGCGGCAGCAGCUGGAGCUGAGGGCUCUGCUCCUCACCUACAACCUGGCCAUGGUGGCGUUAUCGAGCUACAUGUUUUAUGAGUUUCUGGUCACUUCAGUCUUGGCUAACUACAGCUACCUGUGCCAGCCAGUGGAUUACAGCCAGACAGAUGGCAAGAGUGUGUUGGUGGUUCUUCUUCUCCAAAGUCAUCGAGCUGCUGGAUACGGUUUUCUUAAUUCUGCGCAAGAAACAAGAGCAGGUGACUUUUCUGCACGUGUACCAUCACGGCUCUAUGCUCUUCAACUGGUGGUCAGGGGUCAAAUAUGUGCCUGGAGGACAAGCCUUCUUUGUUGGGAUGCUGAACUCCUUUGUCCACAUCUUCAUGUACGGCUACUAUGCCCUGGCCAGCCUGGGACCGCGGAUGCGCCAGCACCUGUGGUGGAAGCGUUACCUGACCAUCCUGCAGCUGAGUGCCCGUUCCCUGAUGGCUUCAACACCGCAGUCUUCCUCUACAUCCUCAGCCUCCUGGCUCUCUUCCUACGAUUCUACUAUCAGACCUACGUCAGGGGAAAGCGGGAAAAGCUGACUUGAAGGAAAUCAAAGAGGACAGAGAGCACAGCCUGAUGAACAUGAGCAUUCUCUGCUGCUUGUGACAUGGUUCCAGGAAGGAAAUGUAUCUGGGGAGUGUGUGUGAGGCCCAUGUCUAGCCUUCAAAUAUCCCAGGCUAGGGAGAAGAAAGGAACGAUGUAAACUCAGGGAUUAAGGAACUGAGGAGGCACACUUAAUUAAGCUGAGGCCAAGCUAAGCAAAGUAGUCACAAGCAUAGCAGGCUUUGGGACAUUUGCAAGAUAAGGUCUUUAUAAGGUCUUUUUCCCUUCCAUCUUUAACUUGGGGUCCAAGGUCUAGCAGCCAGCUACAACUCCCUGCAUCAUUUCUUAGGCUGUAGAGGGUUUCAUUGCAUCCACAGAACUAUCUCAGCUUGUUGUUGUAGGUCAGGCAGGGUCAUGUGCCUCCAGCCUGGAAAUCAAUGUCCAGGUAGCAGCAGCAGCCAAGAAUCCACAGGAUGUACGCUGCAUCCCACCCGUCCUGCUAAGGAAGCUCCUACUAGGCCUGGGGUGGUCCUGAUGGUUUAACUUCUUACCAGUAUAAGCAGCAAGGAAAUUGGACAUUAGGUUGUCUGGCUGGACAGGUGUCUUCACUGUCCUGAAGCUAAAGAAGGCAUUAUUAGCACUUUCAUCCUAAUAAGAAACCAGUGCAGUAAGAGUCACCAUGUCCCAUUUUCUGGAAUGCUCAUUUCCCUCUGGUUGCUCUCAUACCAACAGAGGAUUUGAAUGCAUGAAGAUACUUGGUAUUGCUCCUUGUAGAUGCCAUAAUUGAACUAGAAGGAAUAGACUGAUGUUCCCUCUUCAUAACUUUUUUCUCCAAUCUGUUAUUAUUUUUAAUACUCUUAUUUUUAAAUUUUGCUUCUUGUCAAACAUAAAGAGUUUAACAACACCACAAGCAACCACCUCCACUACCUAAUUGUAUAAGAAUUAAUAUAAAAUGUAUAAAAUCAAUUCAUCGGGUAGUGCAAAGCUGCAUAGCUCCAUUGAUUUUAAGAUAUCACUAACUGGUUUCUUUUUUUUGCUCCUAAAUCAACUACAACUACAAUUUGGCACUCAUAUUCAUCUGCAGAGUGUUAAAUACUGUUGAAGUUCUGAUGUGAUAGUACUUUGAAGAUCCUAAUUAAACUACAAAGUGGUAAUUAUUGAUUGAAUCCUGCUCAGCUGAUUAAAACUGGUACUACAGAGUAGUAGUAUUUUGUAAAAAACAAAGGUGUUGAAGGAGAGGAUUGGAAUCAGUGACAUGAUGCACUGCCAUUGCCAAGCCAAAUCCAUCUCAAAUAUAAAAAAAGUCUAACUCCUCUGGGAAUGUCCAGAGGACUAGAUCUGGCCUGAACAGCAAAUGGAUGUACCCCAAAAGACCUGUGUGCCCUUCACCAAUCUGGAGUCGAGUGGCUACAAAAAAUAAAUUCAACUUGUUCUUUGCUGGUCUGUGCUUGCACCCCAAUCCUUUCCUUCAGCCCCUCCACACACAUGCGGAAGCUAAAACAAUAUUCUGCCGUUCCUCGCCCUCCUCCCCUUCACACACAGCCACUAAGGACUUGUUCACACUGUCACAAGGUCACAUCAUCAGCGUCCUUCCUUUGAUUUGAGCAGUCUCUCUUCUGGUUGUGACUGGUGAGUAUGAGAAUCACUGCAUCUGUGCUGGGGAAGAGGAAUCCACCACCUUGGUUUUCUUCCUGUCAACUAUUUUUCCUUGCAAAUAAAUUAAUAAAUAAUGACACUUUCAAA